UUGUCUUCAACAGAUUUGCGUGCCAAGCAAAUGAUUUGGGACUGUGAUACUCAUUAUGACAUAACUACUUUCGACAAACAAACGCAUUCACAUUUAUUACAUGUUAUACGCUCUAUUCUAAAAAAGCCACCAAAAAAUAAUCCGGAAGAAUGCUUAUUUCUUCUCUGCGCACCAAAACGGGGUGAUAGUUUACAAGAAUUUAUCUCUUUAUUAGAAGCUCAAGGUGAUUUUCACGUUAAAUUGUUAGAAAGAUAUGAUGAUUUUAUAUGGAAAGCUCAUCAACAAAAUAUAGCUGAAAAUUCCGAGCAUUAUGCUCCUGAUACGCAUUACCCUUUAAUUAUGCAAGCAUAUUGGCGA